AUGGCACAAUUGGUCGACGCACAGAUAACAUUGGGAUUGCCUGCAGCCUUGGCACCGACGGCCGAUAGUACCUCUGGCCCCAGCACGGAAUAUCGCUCGUCAAAAGCUGAAACCCAGGAGUCAACAUUGAACCAAACUUUUAAAUAUUGGAAACUGCGGUUUUCGCUAUUCUCAAGGUUUGACGAGGGAAUUAUGCUCGACGAGGCCAGUAUGUACUCCGUUUGCCCAGAGGUACUGGCACAGCAUAUUGCCAAGCGGUGCACUUCGUUCGGCACGGUCUUGGACCCGUUUUGUGGUGCCGGGGGGAAUGUUAUACAGCUGGCAUUGAUUUGUGAUCACGUUAUCGCCAUCGACUUGGAUCCAAAAAAAAUAGCUUUGGCCAAGAAAAAUGCAGAGGUUUACGGAGUGGCCCACCGGAUAGAUUUCAGGGUGGGAAAUUCUUUUUCGGUGGCCACUAACCUCAGGGUGGACGCCGUUGUCACCUCACCACCAUGGGGCGGUCCAGGAUACGAAAGGCGAGCAAAGUUUGACGCCAGAGACCUUUGUGGACGUGACACGGGUGGCAUGGCAGCUAUUAUUCGGAUGGCACGUGCAGUUGCGCCCAGAGUGGUUCUGCACGUACCAAAGAAUAUAGAUAAAGACCAAUGUUUGCAGAUAGCAAUGGACGAGGGGUUCAGUCAAAUACAGUACGAAAGUGUAUCGAUUGACAAAAAGCCGAACUGUCUGAACCUCUAUCUAACAAGAAACGACACUCACACUCGAGGAAUACCAGUUCAAUCUACAAAAUUGUUACAACUGGAUAAUCCAUCAUUAAAUAGACAACAAAAAAUGGAACGUCUUCGUACAGAGAAUAAGUUCAUGUACAAAACGUAUUUAAAUAAGGUUGCCCGAUUUUUUGAAAAAAAUCAUUUAUAAAUU